CGAAUUUAAAAGCCCAAGUAGGUUCCUUGAUCAGAGAGAGAGAGAGAGAGAGAACGGGGAAGGAAGGAAGAAAGUAUCUCUCUUAGCUUUUUGAGUUGCGAUGAGUUCUGGAGCAGGAGGAAUCGUAGCUGCACCAGCCUCAGCUCCGUCAAGCGGCGGCGGAGGAAACGUGGAGUGGCACGUGAGACCACCGAACCCUAAAAACCCAGUCGUCUUCUUCGACGUCUCUAUCGGCGGCAUCCCCGCGGGUCGCAUCAAGAUGGAGCUUUUCGCCGACAUCGCCCCCAAAACCGCCGAGAACUUCAGGCAGUUCUGUACUGGUGAACUCAGAAAGGCUGGGAAGCCUCUUGGUUACAAGGAGUGUCAGUUUCACAGGGUCAUCAAGGACUUUAUGAUUCAGAGUGGUGAUUUUCUUAAGAAUGAUGGUAAUGGAUGCAUGUCCAUUUAUGGCCACAAGUUCGAUGAUGAGAAUUUUACUGCUAAACAUACCGGACCUGGACUCCUCUCCAUGGCAAAUAGUGGGCCAGACACAAAUGGGUGCCAGUUCUUCAUCAGCUGUGCAAAAUGCGAGUGGCUUGACAACAAGCAUGUUGUCUUUGGGAGGGUGCUUGGAGAUGGCUUAUUGGUGAUGCGGAAGAUUGAGAACGUUGCUGUUGGACCAAACAACCGCCCUAAGCUUGCCGUUGUAAUUACAGAGUGUGGUGAGAUGUGACAAGCUUUUUUUCACCCGAAACACUACUUGAAAAAACUUUUCUUCUGAAAGUGAGAACCCUGAGCUUAUUAGUUUAAUCCUUAUGCAUUGUGACAGAUGGUUUUUGAAUUGACAUCAUUUCCAGAAGCAAAGCCUGUUUUAAACU